GCUUAGAGAUACCACUCAGAGAAUUGUCCAUCGUCACAGGAUUCCUGCUUCAGCUCUGAUGUUGGAUUUCCAAUUGUUCUGCCCCUACAAACAGCUGGUAGUUAUAAAGAUGACGUCACACACGUACCUGUUGUUCACCGUCCUCGUUUCCCCCAGUAUAGUAGACGCCUUGUUCUGUACUACGUGCCAACAUGUGGACGACCCUACCACGUGUCCAGGGUUUGCUCUCUGUAACCCGGAUGAGGUCUGUAGUGCGUUGUCUUAUAUGGAUGAACACUCGCAGCUGAAACACACACUCGGAUGUAAAUCGGCCGCAUCAUGUGGAACAACCAAUGGGAUCGGAGCAGUGAUAGGACGACGUCAUCUUGGGAAUAACAGACGAUCUAAUGAACAUGAAAGAUGUUGUUCAACCACGAUGUGCAAUCUAAGCCUAUUUACUGGAUCAACAUCAACCGUAUCCACGGGGACCACGGAAAAGACCACUACAGCAUUAGCUGUCGGUAUGCCACCUUCUCCUGCUCCUCCAGCUCCUCUUAUUCCUUUUCCUUCUUCUCCAGCUCCUCUUCUUCCUUUCCCCAUUCCUUCUGCUCCUCUUCUUCCUUUCCCUACUCCUCCAGCUCCUCUUCCUCCUUUUCCUUCUUCUCCAGCUUCUCUUCUUCCUUUCUCUCCUCCUUCUGCUCCUCUUCUUCAUUUCCCUACUCCUCCAACUCCUCUUCUUCUUUUCCCUACUCCUCCAGCUCCUCUUCUCCCUUUCCCUACUCCUUCUGCUCCUCUUCUUCCUUUCCCUACUCCUUCUGCUUCUCUUCUUCCUUUUCCUUCUUCUCCAGCUCCACUUCUUCCUUUCCCUACUCCUUCUGUUCCUCUUCUUCCUUUUCCUACUCCUUCUGCUCCUCUUCUUCCUUUUCCCUACUCCUUCUGCUCCUCUUCUUCCUUUUCCUACUCCUUCUACUCCUCUUCUUCCUUUCCCUACUCCUUCUGCUCCUCUUCUUCCUUUCCCUACUCCUCCAUCUCCUCUUCCUCCUUUCCCUAUUCUUUCUGCUCCUCUUCUUUCUUUCCCUACUCCUCCAUCUCCUUUUCCUCCUUUCCCUACUCCUCCAGCUCCUCUUCUUCCUUUCCCUACACCUUCCGCUCCCCUUCUUCCUUUCCCUACUCCUCCAGCUCCUCUUCUUCCUUUCCCUACUCCUCCAUCUCCUUUUCCUCCUUUCCCUACUCCUUCUGCUCCUCUUCUUUCUUUCCCUACUCCUCCAGCUCCUCUUCUUCCUUUCCCUACUCCUCCAUCUCCUUUUCCUCCUUUCCCUACUCCUUCUGCUCCUCUUCUUCCUUUCCCUACUCCUCCAGCUCCUCUUCUUCCUUUCCCUACUCCUCCAUCUCCUUUUCCUCCUUUCCCUACUCCUUCUGCUCCUCUUCUUCCUUUCCCUACUCCUUCUGCUUCUCUUCUUCCUUUCCCUACUCCUCCAGCUCUUCUUUCUCCUUUCCCUAA